AUGGAUUACGACGAAGCUGUUUUUGAUAAGGGCGGUGUGGCUGGUGGUGGCUACCUGCUUGGUCUAAUCGCAUUUGCACGUAAAUUCGCGCGUAUCAUAAUCACAAUUUCGAUGCUCUUCUGUAUUAUUUUCAUCUCGUUCUAUUGCUGCUCCGAGUCGAGAACAACAAUUACUGCUUUAGCGCCACCAAUGACACCUCCACCAACAAGCAUUGAGGUGCAUAUGCGGACACAAGGGCAAGCACACAGAGGUUGGCCAACAAAUUGAUGUAAUGAACGAGUUCAUCAUUUCUUUAUUAUAUGCACUAUCUAAAAUAAUUACGCGGUAAUAUAAAUAUGUCUAUGUAAGUGUUGUACGUGGAACGAUGUUAUAAAAUCCAUGUCAAGCUGUGUGCAAUACUUACAAGCGUAUGCAAAUAUUACAUAUGUACGUAUUUAGUGUUGUGCAAACGGGCACAAAAGUCAUCGAGGGGUAGGUAGGUCUUUUGCAUUUUAAUAUAAAGUGGAGCGAAAUCAUGCACAAAUAUUUUCAAUUAAAUUAUAUUAAAACUUGUAAACUUCUUUAGAUUAUAUUAUAUUAUGUAUCCAGUAACUUAGUUUCGUAUUUAAGGUGUACUAAUGUGCGUUCUACACAACGCAUAGGAUUGCUAUUUUAAAACAACUAAUGGAAUAACCAAUAUACAGGCAGCCAAUUUUAUAUACACUCGUUCAUACAUAUAUAUACAUAUUAACUGCUGGAAUUACUCAUACUAUAUUAUCGACUAUUUAAUAACUAUACAAAACAUUGUACAUACAAAAUGCCAAUAUAUACAAAAUUUUAUAAAUACAUACGUGCAUACAUACAUAUAUGUAAAUGAGAUUUUUGCAUAAAAUCGAACUUGUCACACCACUUUGGAUUAUAACAUAUGUUCAUAUAUGUUAAGAGCGUAUUUAGAGACAUAUUCUCCAGCUGCGGCGUUACACAUUGGCAAUGAAGAAGCCAAAUAAGAAGAAAAACGGUGAAAUAUGAUUUAAAAUCUAUGCAAUCUUUACAAAUAAUAAUAAACAAAUAUACUAAUUCCUCAA